GCGAUUCUCCAAAUCGCACGCGCUCGGAGAGAGAGAGAGGGGGGGAUACGAAGAAAAUGGCUAUGGCGUUCGCACGUUCCGCUCUAUCCCGAGCAACGAUCCGUGGAGCUUCGAGGAUCUCUUCUGAUCCUAAGCGGAGCUUCGCCUCCAAAGCCCAUCACGACGAUGCUUAUGAGUCUGCCAAGUGGGAGAAGAUCACGUAUUUGGGUAUUGCUGCUUGCACUGCUCUGGCUUUGCAUAACUUAUCCAAGGGCCAUCCCCACCACGAUGACCCUCUCGCAUACCCUUAUUUGCAUAUCCGCAACAAGGAGUUUCCUUGGGGUCCAGACGGCUUGUUUGAGGUGAAGCAUCACUAGUAUGGAGGCCCUUUGGCCUUGCUGUCUUCAUGAUAAUGGCACGUGAACCCUUGUUUCUGCGAAAACAUACCGAUUUGUUUGAAUGCGAAAUAAGAACUUUCGUUUUUUCGUAUUGUUUGAAUUGCCAUUCUGUUAUCCGGGGCAAUAAGAAUCGAACUUGGUUUGAUUAUCCAAUAUGUGAUUCUGCCUCUUUCUUUUUAC